AUGUUUCCAGGGGCGCUCAGUUCUUUGUCGGUAGACUUCGAAACUGCAGAAACAGAAUUCGAGACCAAACUGGAGCAAUUUGUGAUGGGACUCAAUAGAGAUACAGCGGACCUUCAGCAAGCAUCAUUCCUUGUAAGGGCGUCAGGCUACGAACAUAAGUUGCCAGUGGUGUUUUCGCGAAAAGUAUAUGCACUAGCAUUACAAUUGAAAGAGAAGAAUCUUGGCAACGCUAGGGAAAUUAUUCUCCAGUUUCUCAAGAAUGUGGUUAUCUCCUCCACUUAUAUUCCGCGCCUGGAGCAUGCUGCGCUUGGUUACCUGGAAAGGUGCAUCAGCUCCUUCGGAAUUUAUGUUUACUCCGCUAAAGAAGCUAUCGUGCAGCUACUCGUCGAUGUGCUUUUGGGUGUCUAUAAUCUACCAGGAAAGGCUCCACACGACUUACUGAUUCAUAAGAUACCCCACAAAGUAGCAUGGGGAAUCGUCGGGGCUAUCUCCAUGGUGUCAUUCGAGACCGACGAUGACAUGUCUGCACUUGCCACCGGCAUCCGAUUGUCGCUGCAGGCGUACAAGAAGGAUACCCCACUGACUAAGACCCGGCUCAACCAGCUGGUUAUGUUAUUCCGCGUUUCACUUGAGGUUGAGAACUUGUUUAAAAUACAAUCUUCUCUCUAUUGUUCUCCCACGAUAUUUUCACAGGUGUAUGGAGAUAUUUUCUUUUCUGCUCAGAAGGACCCACUGGUACGCUUGGUGCAGGAUGACGUCACAGCAAUCCAGGGAUACGUAGAGCUCUUAGUGAUUCCAUCUACCAACAUCGCCCAUCUUGUGCAUCUGUGUCGCGAGAUCUCUUUGGCCUCAGUAUCUGAUGAGGACCUUCCUAGCCUAGUGCGUGAUCGAGACACUAACCAGGAGCUGGGAUGCACAACGAUUGCUACUCUAUGCGCAUUUUACAAGCAGGUCAUUUUCUCCGGGCAUCAGGUGGGCAAGGAGAUUCUAGAAAACAUCCGGAUUGCUGCCAAUAAGCAGCUAGCAAAGGGCCCUCUGUACGAGUUUCUUUCUCCGGUGGCUGACAUUCGUUCCAUCUUGCCUUUUCUCUUCUUGAAUCAUCCACCUACCUUUUUGAUUGACAUGAUAGAACUUUCGCUUUCGUUGACAUAUAGGAAUAUACUACGUGUUCUACGUGACCCACUGUCUGACCAAAACGAAGUUGAUGACGCAGAAACUUCUGCAGGACAGCUGAUCGGUUUUCUAGUGCAGGCAAUCAUUCAGCUUGGAGGAUCCUUUGUUAUCGAGUGUGCUGAAGCCAAGCAGUUGGCAGAACGUUGUCUCGAGAGGGUAGGCAGGGUUCUAGCUAUUAUCUUUGAUCAGUGGCAGAGACACAAGGAGUCUGAGGCCCCAGUGAAGACGCACGCGUUGCAAACACUGCACAGACAGGCAGAUAUGAUUGCUUUUAUGUUAGGAACUGAGAUUGAUCUCUUGGAAGCCCUAAAGCUUCUCUGCAAGGGCAAUAUGUUGGCGACUGAUAAGCUUCUGCAGUGUAUUCAAGAGCUGAGGCUUUGCUAUCGAGCCAUGAUAGAUGACAACAGCACAAGUGAUACACCUCUUUCCCUUGUCUGUCCAUACGUAACACUGGUUAGACAUAGGAGUGAGUCGAGUACGGGGGCUUUCCCCAUGAUCCGCUACGAGCUGCUCACAUCAAAUGUAAUGCUCUGCAUCAGCACACUCUAUACCGCACGCCUGGAGGAAGUUUUCAGAGGAAGAAACAUACUUAUCGAUACAGGCUCCAGGGUGAUAUUCGAGUACGCUCUGAACUCCUUCAGCGUCAACAUCAGCACAUAUACCAUUGUGAUGCUUCUUCUCCUGUUCCUUCAGUCGGCUGACUUUGCGCCUCCCUUGCGGUUUAACAAGUUCGUGAGCAAGUUCUUUACAUCAUUUGCCAUGGAAAGUACCCUUAGCUCGCGCGUACUUAUUACCAGAUUGAUUUUGGGAUUGGUAUUUGAUGUGCCGUUUAUUUGCUUAAGCAAGACCGGCCAUUCUGUCUCAGCUAAGCAAGUGGACUACACAGACGGCUUCAUCACCUCCUUCACAGACAUAUCUGGGAUCUUGAAUUGUAGCACAAUAUCAGAGAUUGGUAUAAGAGGAGAUUCUAUCGAUCGUUUAGCAACCCUAUUCGUUUAUGCCAAUCCUUACGUUACAGAUGUGCUUACGGUUCUUAUUGAGCAAGGCUUUGAUCUCUAUGACCCUGAGAGGCACCUGAUCAAUAUGCAUUUCCCUGAAUAUAUCUUUCAGUCUGACCCUCGCUCACCGCCAGGCGUCCCGUCACAGUGCAACAGUGAUUCCUUUGCUGAUGUCCACACUCCUCAAAGUCGAAAGUACAUCGCUCAACACCAUCUUUCUCUAAAGGCGGCAAUAGCUCAAUGUGUCAAAAGAUCCAAGAGUUCACUUUUAAAAAUACACAGCGAAAUAAGUAGGAAGUGGUCAAUAGAAUUGGAUACUCUAAAGAUUAUUCUUGGGGAGCUAGUGGACACUGGGGUCCUUGAGAUUGAUGAGCAAGGUUUGUAUACAUUUGAGAUAUAA